AUGCAGGCUACCGGCGUACCAGCAGAGCCAAUUGCAACUGGCGUUCUUGCCACCGCAAAGCAAUCCUUUGGCGACCUUUUUCGGUGGAAGCAGCGAGUCGAGAUUACCAAUGAGUACGGCGAAAGUCGCUUCGAGUGGCAAGCACCCGCACCUCUCAGGAACCCAAUCUCUCUAUUCAGACAACUCUCGGCACAAGGAUGGCUCUUCUUCAUCGUCGGUUUCGCCUCUUGGACAGCAGAUGCCUUCGACUUCCACGCACUAUCAAUUCAGACCGUGAAGCUGGCCGCAUACUAUGACACCUCGAACACCAACAUCACCACUGCUAUCACACUUACCUUGCUCCUUCGGUCUGUUGGUGCUGCUGUGUUCGGUCUUGCGGGUGAUCAGUUCGGACGGAAAUGGCCUAUGGUCAUCAACAUGAUCAUUCUCGGCAUUUUGCAGAUCGCCACCAUCUAUUCCACCACUUUCGGGCAGUUCUUGGCUGUGCGCAGUCUUUUCGGUCUGUUCAUGGGUGGCGUGUACGGUAACGCCGUCGCCAUGGCGUUAGAGAACUGUCCCGUCGAGGCUCGAGGUCUCAUGUCUGGCAUCAUGCAACAGGGCUACUCCUUCGGCUACGUCUGCGCAGCCUGCGCCAACCUCGGUGUCGGUGGCAGUGUCGAGUCAUGGAAAACCGUCUUCUGGAUCGCAGCCGGCAUGUCGAUCGCAGUCGGUCUGAUCCGCGUAGCCUUCCCCGAGUCCAAGCAGUUCCGUGAGCGCAAAGCAGCUGGCCACAAGGGCGCAGCACCCGGAGUGUUCUGGGCUGAGACGAAGAGAAUGCUGGCCAAGGAAUGGAAGAUGUGCAUCUACUGCAUCAUUCUCAUGACGUGGUUCAACUACUACAGCCACACCAGCCAAGACUCGUACACGACAUUCAUGCGCACGCAGAAGGAGAUGGAGAACCACGAUGCAUCGAUUGCUAGUAUUCUGAUGAAGACUGGUGCUUGUGUUGGUGGCACGGUCAUUGGCUACCUCAGCCAAUGGGUCGGUCGCAGACGUGCUAUGGUCGUUAGCGCUAUCAUCAGCGCACUGAUCAUUCCCGCCUGGAUCUUGCCUACGACUCUGGGCGGUCUGUCGGCCAGCGGCUUCAUGAUCCAGUUCUUCGUGCAGGGCGCUUGGGGUGUCAUUCCCAUUCACCUCAACGAGCUGUCCCCACCGGCCUUCCGAUCUUCAUUCCCUGGCAUCACAUACCAACUCGGUAACAUGAUCUCCUCGCCAUCAGCCCAGAUCGUGAACGCCGUUGCCGAGUCCAAGCUCAUCACUCUGGGAAAUGGCGAUCGCGUCCCUAGCUACGGACCUGUCAUGGGCGUCGCCACUGCUAUCAUCGCCAUGGGUAUCGCUGUCACCGCUGCACUAGGCCCAGAGAAGCGUGGUAGCCACUUCGAGAAUGCUGUCAUUGGAGGUGACGCAAUCGCCAUGAACGAGGCAAAGGUUGCUGAUGUUGAGAGGGGGCACAGUGUCGCUACUAUCGAGAAGCCGGGCGCCGAGAGAGUCGAGGCUGUUGAGACUGUUGAGAAGAAGUAA